CGAUGGCAACUCCUCGUAUUAGCGCUCGUUUACCUCCUAACAUAGAUCCUACCAAAUCAUCUUUGGCGUAUGGAAAUAGGCAGCUAAUUAAACUGAAUGGCGAGCUGCAGUCAUCGCAGCUAAUCACGAGGCAACGAGCUUUGCGCUCUCUAUGUGAUGUCAUGCAUAAACCAGAAAAUAUGGCAGAAUCUUUCCGUGUCGGUAUUUUGGAAAGUUUAAAAACGUUGCUCAUGGACGACGACCCUAUUGUGAGAUUGAAGGCAACAGAAGUACUGGACAUCAUGUCAACUCAUGCAAUUGGAAGAGACGCAUUCCUGAAACAGUCUGUUAUUAAACCUUUGUCUAAACUGUUGAAUGAUGAAGUCUUUGAAGUUCGAAGCAAUGCUCACACAGCUAUUGAGAUGUUGACUCACGAUUAUUCGGGUGGUAGUGGUGUGUUGGCAUCUGGUUUGGUGCCAGUGCUAGUGGAGAAGUUAAAAACUGAGGAAGAUGAAAUCAAGGAAUUAAUAUUGGACACUUUACACAAUUGCAUGCGGAUCGACGCCAUUCCUACUUUAGAGUGCAAGGCAAUGGAAGUCUUUACUGACUUGUUGACUGAUUUAAGGGAAGGUGUGAGAGCAAGAGCUGCCAGAAGUGUCAUGGAUCUGAGUUUUCCUAUAGCUGGCAAAGAGCAAGCUUGUGCGUGUGAUGCUGUUUCUUACCUCGUUCAUUUAUUGUCUGACCAGAGCAUGCUAGUGAGGGCACAAGCAGCUGGUGCUCUAAUGAGCAUUUCUAUAACAACACAAGGGAAGUACGAAUGCAUCAAAGUUGAAGCUAUCCCGGCACUCGUUGCAUUACUGAACGAUGGAAGUGAGGAUGUGCGAGUUAACGUCGUUAAGGCAAUCACUACUUUAGCUGAAGCACCAGAAGGUCGGCGUGCUCUUAGCUCAGUUGUACCCAAGCUGAAAGAGCUCUACAGUGACAGCAAUGAUGUUGUUAUUCACGCUGCCAAAACAGCAGUAGAAGUCAUUGAAUGGAAACCAUAAGCGAAUGCAACAAUGAUGUGUGAGUACUACCAUACAUCAGGUAUUGCUGAAAUAUAUGUAUGGACUUAUAAAGGAAGUAAAACUCUGGUAAGAUAUUCAGGCAAUGCAAGCAACAAUAUUAAAUUACUAGCUACAUAGAUGAUACUGAAUUAUGAGUAUACUGGACCACAACACAGUUGUUUAAAGUCUUUGGUUGUGGGAAGAAGCU